AUGACGUGCCAGCCGGGACGCGCGAUCGCGCCCGUCGCGCGCGUCGCGAUCGCGUCCGCGCGCGGGGCGCGCGACCGCGGGGCGUCUCGGCCGCGGGGCGUCGCCUCUAAAGGGCGUUCAAACGUCGUCGCGGAGAGAAAAAAAAAAUAUCUCCAUCAUCUUCGUCUCGUCGCGCGCCGAGCGUCGGGCGGCGACGCCGCCGGGGCGGACGAGGACGACGAUCCGUACACCAUGGGAGGCGAGUUCUUCGAGGAGUGGGAGCGAGAGAUGGUCAAGUUCUGGCGUCUCUGGAACGAGGAGCACGCGCGCCACCGCAUCCGCGACAACGACAUCGUGUGGAUGGUGAGGCUCGGGCGAGAGAUCCCCGCGUUCGCCAAGCCGGAGACGGUCGCGGCGGGCGCGAAGAAACUCCGCGCGCUCCUCCCGGACGCGCACGUCCCGAUCAUGAUCCAGCGCGAGCCCGGCAUCGUCGCGGACGGCAUCGACUUCGUGCGCGCGUCGAGAAGCAUCUUAGACCUCCAGGACCUCCUCUGCUCGAGCGAUCACUGCCGCGACGUGACGCGCGUCAUUGAGCGCGCGCCGCGGCUCCUCCUGUGCGAGGACGUGCGCGCGGAAGUCAACGCGGCGAAGCGACGCCUUGAGGAGAUCGCGCCGAGCUGCGACGCGAAGAAGGCGAUAAGCGAGUACCCCGAGGAGAUCAUCACGCGGAUACAGCUGUACGACGAGUACAGCGACCUGCCCGUCUCGCUUCAGAACAUAAUCGCGGAGACUUCCGACGACGAUGAAAACGAGGCGGCGGAUGCGUACGACGCGCGGUGGAACGACUGGGAGCGCGAGUCGUCCGGCGGCGACGGCGUGGGGCUGGUUUCGAACCCGGGGAGAAGAGGGUUGGACGAGAACAGCUGGGAUAAUCAGUACGCGAGUCCCGACAGCGCGGAGUGGAUGAUCGACGGAUACUGGGAGACGGAGGAGUCUGAGUCCGACGACGGCGGCGGAUCACGCGGCGCGCAGCCGCUCGCGAAGAGCGCGUAUCGCCUGCGCGUCGAGGCCGCGGCCGCGCGCGGGGAGACGCUCGAGGAGCCGGCGUGGAGCAGCAAGAACAACAACGUCGUGUCGAACCGGGACGAGGGCGGCGACGGCGAGGACAACUUCGAGGGAAACAUGGACGCGUUUUGCGACGACGAUCCCUCCGCGGACGAGUGCCGCGUCUUCGACUGA